AUGCCGCAAAACUACAUCCUGGCGUGCGAAAUUUUUUAUAUAUGGGGACUAGACUUUGCAGGGCCAUUUUCGGACUCCAAAGGUUUCAAAUAUAUCCUUAUUGCAGUAGAUUAUGUCUCCAAAUGGGUUGAAGCAGAAGCACUUCGGAACAAUGACGCAAGAAGUGUAACAAGAUUUCUAAAGAGAUUAUUCACAAGAUUUGGAGUACCGCGGAUCGUGAUUAGCGAUAGGGGGACACACUUCCGGAAUGUACCCAUGCGGAGAUUACUUCAAAAGCAAGGUAUACAACACCGGGGAGGAGUCCCGUAUCAUCCUCAGACUACCGGGCAAGUUGAGAAUGCGAAUAGAGAUAUUAAGGCCAUAUUGGAAAAGACAGUAGCUCGGCAUAGAAAAUAUUGGGUUGACAAGCUUAACGAUGCUUUAUGGGCUUUCCAGACUGCUUAUAAGACGCCGAUAGGAACUACUCCAUACCGAUUGGAUAUUAGCAAGUUUAUAUUCAGGGACUGUUUCCAUCUGGAACUACCAAACUCAGGUAAAUGCAACUUUACGCUGGAUGCUCAUUUGAAAGGUGUUAACUGUGUAGACUAUUUCACUGGUGGUGAUAAACCUUACUUAAUUACUGGUUCUGAUGAUCACACUGCUAAGGUGUGGGACUACCAGACUAAAAGUUGUGUACAAACUCUUGAAGGGCAUACACAUAAUGUCUCUACUGUAUGUUUUCAUCCUGAACUACCUAUUAUAAUCACGGGUUCUGAAGAUGGUACUGUUCGUAUAUGGCAUUCAACAACAUAUAGACUUGAAAACACAUUGAAUUAUGGUCUUGAAAGGGUCUGGGCUAUUGGUUAUAUCAAAGGUUCAAGAAGGGUUGUGAUUGGUUAUGAUGAGGGAACUAUUAUGGUUAAAAUGGGCCGAGAAGUACCUAUUGCCAGUAUGGAUAACAGUGGAAAAAUCAUAUGGGCAAAGCAUAAUGAGAUUCAAACUGUCAAUAUCAAGAGUGUAGGAUCAGAUUACGAGGUUACUGAUGGAGAAAGAUUGCCCUUGGCUGUCAAGGAGUUGGGAACUUGCGACCUCUACCCACAAAGCUUAAAACAUAAUCCCAAUGGAAGGUUUGUUGUUGUUUGUGGAGAUGGGGAAUACAUCAUAUACACAGCUCUAGCUUGGAGAAAUCGGUCUUUUGGCUCAGCACUUGAAUUUAUUUGGUCAUCUGAUGGAGAAUAUGCUGUGAGGGAAAGUACAUCAAGGAUUAAGAUAUUCAGUAAAAAUUUUCAGGAGAAGAAGAGCAUUCGGCCUACAUUUUCUGCUGAUCGCAUAUAUGGGGGUACUCUUUUGGCGAUGUGCUCAAAUGAUUUCAUUUGCUUUUAUGAUUGGGCUGACUGCAGGUUGAUACGACGCAUUGAUGUUAAUGUUAAAAAUCUCUACUGGGCUGAAAGUGGUGAUUUAUUAGCAAUUGCAAGUGACGCUUCAUUCUACAUUCUUAAAUAUAAUCGUGAUGUUGUUUCUGCACAUUUUGAUAGUGGAAGAUCAGUUGAUGAUCAAGGCAUAGAGGAUGCUUUUGAACUCCUUUAUGAGAUCAGUGAACGGGUUAGAACUGGAAUAUGGGUUGGGGAUUGCUUCAUUUACAAUAAUUCUUCCUGGAGACUGAAUUACUGUGUUGGUGGUGAGGUUACCACAAUGUUUCAUUUGGACCGCCCAAUGUACCUGCUGGGGUAUCUGGCAAAUCAAAGUAGGGUUUAUCUCAUUGACAAAGAGUUCAAUGUUAUUGGAUACACAUUACUCCUAAGCUUGAUUGAGUACAAGACACUUGUGAUGCGUGGUGAUCUGGAGCGAGCAAAUGAGGUUUUACCAUCAAUUCCUAAGGAGCAUCACAAUAGUGUGGCCCGUUUCCUGGAAUCUCGAGGGAUGGUAGAGGAAGCAUUAGAAGUUGCUACUGACCCUGAUUACAGAUUUGAACUGGCAAUACAACUAGGGAAGUUAGACAUUGCUAAGGAAAUUGCUUUAGUAGCUCAUAGUGAAUCCAAGUGGAAGCAGUUGGGUGAACUUGCUAUGUCUUCUGGAAUGUUAGACUUGGCCGAGCAAUGUUUGAAGCAAGCAAAUGACUUGAGUGGUUUAUUAUUACUGUACUCAUCUCUAGGAGAUGCCGAGGGAAUAACUGAACUUGCAUCUCUUUCCAAAGAGCACGGGAAAAAUAAUGUUUCAUUCCUUUGUCUUUUCAUGUUGGGUAAAGUGGAAGAGUGCAUUCAGCUAUUGGUUGACAGCAAUCGGCUACCUGAGGCUGCAUUUAUGGCGCGAUCUUAUUUACCGAGUAAAGUAUCUGAAAUAGUUGAGAUUUGGAAAAAGGACCUUAAUAAGAUUAACCAAAAAGCUGCUGAGGCUUUGGCUGAUCCCAAAGAAUACCCUAACCUGUUUGAAGACUGGCAAGUUGCACUUGCAGUUGAAUCUAGUGUUGCUGAGACAAGGUAUGUAGGGCUAUUUUCAGCGGCAUCUGAAUAUGUUAAUCAAGCUGAUAGAUCAAUAAUAAACCUCGUGGAGGCUUUCAGGAACAUGAGGAUGGAUGAAGAGCAACCCCUUCAGAAUGGAGACUUGGAUCAUGAGGUUGCAGACCAGAAUGGGGAUGAGGUGCAAGAUGAUGCUCAAGAAGAGACUGUUCUGGUGGAUGCUGACUCCAUGGAUGGUGCAGUACUCAUUAAUGGAAAUGGGACUGAAGAACAGUGGGGUAUGAAUAAUGAAGGAGAAGAGUUAGCCUAAAAGCAAUUUGUUGGACCAUGCUUACACC